AUGUCAUCUGGUGAGAGUUCUUCCGAAUCAGAAACAUUCGAAGUUCGUCCAUUACCACCGGAUUAUAUUGGCUCGUUGUCGAGUUCUGAAUCAGAUGACGAUUUUGAUCGUAAUUCAUCCACUUCUGAACCAAAUCGAAGUCAGCCGUUUACGAAUUGCUCCCAUUUGCAUAUGGUGUGCCAGGUACCAUCAGGGGCAUUUGAUUCUUUCGGUCCUUGUGCAGUUUGUUCAAGAUCUGCGGAAAACUGGAUAUGCAUAACGUGUUAUAUUAUCAACUGCAGCAAUAAUGUCCUAAAUCAUGCAUUUACUCAUUUUUGUCAUACAAAUCAUCCUUUAGCACUCGAUUUACGAAAUAUACGUGUGUGGUGUUUCUAUUGUCGCGAAUUUAUCAAAAAUAGUGCUGUACUUACAAUGAAACGUAUUGCAAAUUUAUCGAGAUAUGGUGAAGAUUUAAGUCAAGAACUUAUUGAUGAUGAAAGUACGAUAAAUGCUUCAUUAAUUUAG